UACAGACCAUCACCUACCUCAAAUCGAAGCGAUCAUGAGGUUGAAAUUUAUUAUUUUAUUUUGUUGUGCUGUACUUGCAACGGGUCAAGACUGGUGCAAUAUCAGUUGGUGCCCACCUAAUUCCCAUAUUGGUUGUAAUCACGACGGAAAUUUCCAUGGAAGUUGCCGAAAUCCCGUUGCAGUUACCUUCACUCCCGCUCAAAUUCAAUCAAUUCUACAUCGACACAACACAUUAAGAAGUUUAACCGCACUUGGCCACACACUCGGACGAGAUGGCAAUCUUCCACCUGGUGUUAGAAUGGCACAACUACGCUGGGAUGCAUCGUUAGCGCACUUUGCCAAUUUAAACACCCGUCAAUGUCAGAUGCGACACGAUACGUGCAGAAACACCGACGCAUUUAAUUUCUCUGGACAAAAUUUGGCCAUGCUGUUUACAAGUGGCACCAUCAACAUUGACACGUUCAUCGUAAACAUGAUCGACUUGUGGUUCGAUGAACGUCAACUUGCUACGGCUGCAGACAUUCCAAGUUUCAACUCGGGCCGAUUGAGUGAAAUCGGACAUUUUACGGCUUUAGUCAAUGAGCGACAGACGCAUAUUGGAUGUGCCAUGUCGAUGUUUGACUUUGAUUCGGGUGGUACGACGUGGCGUGCCGGACUUCUAGCAUGCAAUUAUGCGUUCACGAACGUGAUUAACUGGCCGGUCUAUAGAAUCGGAGCGGUUGGUUCCGAAUGUGUGCUCGGUACCGAUGCGUCAUAUCCGGGACUUUGUACUUUGAACGAACCGAUAAAUGCAAAUCCAUAAAUUAG